AUGCGUUGUCUCUGCCUGUGCCUAUUGUCCUCAUUGAUCUACCUGGAGUUGGCAGACGGGAUGAGGAUUAGGCCGACGGAGGCCGAACGCCUCGAGACCUGGCUUGCCGAACUACCUCUGGCCACAGCGAUAGCGAAACGUCUCCAACGACUGCCUCUUCAUGACACGGAUUUGGACAUAUCACCGCUUAUGGGCUAUUAUGAUAUGGACAAACGGAAGCUUGUUCCCUAUAGCGGUGGCAUUUUUGGGAGAAAGUGA